CAGACGCUGACAUCCGAUACAUAUCUAUUCUAGUGAUAGAUUAACAAGAUUUCCACUUCAUUAAUAGGAGAAACACUCUUGAGAACCCAGCACAUCAUCUCUGUGGCCUUUGAAAAUAGUCUUGGUGAGAGCAAAGCGUUUCAGAAUGGCAGCUAUCAAUUCAAAGGCGGCGCGCUGGGAGAGGGAGAGAGCAAGUCAUGACGUCAGGGAGAAGGGAACGCAGAACCGCCAUUGCUCCAGCCACUCGCCUCAAACAAAGGAAAGAUUUUGUUUUCUCGGUGAUAAAAGCCAGCGGUUCUGCGAUUUCUAACUUAAGGGACGGUGAUGGAGGUUGGGGGAGUGGGCGGGGGGGAGCUGGGAUCAAGCACAGUGGUUGUGAGCAGUGAUGGAGAGCUGCAGUAUGAGCUCAACCAACAGACAAACUCCUUCCUGGCCAACACUCACAUAGUACAGCAAGAUGGCACCAACACAAUGCUCAGUCUGCCCAUCCAGCUCGUCCAGCUCCAUGACCCCGGGGGCGAAGGAGGGGGAGUGCGGGGGCCAGGGGGCAUUUCAGGGUCCCAGGCUUUCAGUGGUCACAUCGUCAUCAAGAAUGACCCUGAUGGAACUCGCACACUGCUGCUUGACCCCUCGGAAGUUGGGCUGUCAGUGGGUGGUGAGGAUGGGGGAGAGAACCGCCUCAUACCACUGAAUGACUUCUCUGAGGUGGGCACCGGCUCCUCCCUCUCAGACCUGCAUGAGCGGAGUGGGUUCCUUCAACUGGAUGAGGGGAUGGUGACCAUGAAUCAGGACAUGGGCCAGGGCGGCAUCAUCCUGGCCAGUGAUGGGGACUACCUCACUCAGAAGGACAACACCAUACCUCAGUUUGCAGCGCUCAAUAUUGUGGAUGGCCAGAUGGUGUUGACAGCCACAGAGGCCGGCAUUGAUGAUACAGUGACCCUGGAGGGAGCCAGCCUUAUGAACUCAACCCUCAGCUCACAAGACUCCAUCCUGCCGGCUCAGAUUCCCAUUUCUGUCAAGAGAGAACCAGACGUGGACCCUCCCGUGGGCAAAGGGCCAUACACCUGCCGGUUCUGUGGCCUCACAGUGGAGAAGUGGGUGCAGCUCAAGAAGCACCUCAAAAAGCACUUGGAGGACAAGCCGUACCGCUGCUACGAGUGUGAUGCAUCUUUCAACGUUCAAAAAAACCUGCGUCUCCACAAGGCCUUGCACGCAACAGACUCCCUGGUGUGUCCUGAGUGUGAGAAGACGUUCCGCAGGAUGGCGUCCUUCAAGGCUCACCUGGCAUUGCAUGAGGAGGACGAGUCAGUGACUUGUGAAAUCUGCCAGGAGGAGUUUGUAUCCCUGGCCCAAUUGGAGCCCCACUACGAGUGCCACAGCAUGACCAUUGGGCAGCUGGAGGAACGCAAGAAGCCAAACUUGGUGUGUCAAGAAUGCCGAGGAGAGUUCACCUCCCACGAAAUGUUGACUCAUCACAUGAAAGUUCACAGGAAGACAAAGAAGAUAGUAUCCUCAAAACCCAAGAGGAAGGUGCCUGACCGCUCCAGGUUUGUCAACAAAUGUCUUCAAUGCGACAAGAAAUUCAUCAAGCCAUCACAGCUCAAGAGGCACAUGAUGAUACACACUGGAGAGCGACCCUUCAAGUGCACAUAUGAGGGGUGUGACCGAGCCUUCAAUCAAAAGUACACAAUGCUCAUCCAUCUAGACAUCCACACAGGCCGCAAGGAUUACAAAUGCGAGUUCUGCAAUAAGGAAUUUGUCCAGAAGAGCAACCUGCGAUGCCACAUCAAACGUGUGCAUCCAGUGAACAAGGGUGGCCAGCAGCUGUUUGAGUGUGAGGAGUGUUCCUGUGUGUUCAAGCGUGCUGGCAGCCUCAACGCGCACAUCGCUCGUGCCCACACAAAUGAAGCCAUCAUUGGACUGGACACUGCCUCAGCUGAUGUGCGAGAUGUGUUUAAAGAGAUACAAGAUCUGGAAAAGGCUGCCCAGAGCAAUCAGAAGGACCUCCUGCCGAUGAGAGUGAGUCAGCCUCUCAAGAAGCCAGACCUAGAGUCUGGCAGCCAGCAGGACAGACAGGGACAUGUCAAGGGAGUAGAGACAGGCAGCAGUGAGGCCAGUAGUUCAGCCCUUCAGGUGAAUGCCAGUGAAGGAGACAUCCUGCAGCAAGCCUUAAAGAACAUUGGCCUCUCUCAGUCCAAGGAGCAGAUGAAUGUUCUGAAAGAUGGCAUGAAGAUGAAGGUCGAGGCGGAGGACGGCUUGCAGACUGCUGAAAACUGUUGGCCGUUGGAGGAGCCGAAGCCUCCCCAUGUGGAGGAGUACAGAAGAGUGCGAGUCAUGACGCUUGUGGAUCGAAACCAGGAGAGUGGCGUGAAGAGGUUCCCUGUUUUAGUAAAGAUUGUGAGGGACGUGAAGUGGCACAUAUGCACAUUCAAAGGUUGCACGAAGGAGUUUAAGAAACCAUCUGACCUUGUGCGUCAUAUGAGAGUCCAUACAAAUGACAAGCCAUUCAAGUGCAACAAGUGCUUCCGUAACUUUGCGGUGAAAUCCACACUAGUGGCUCACACGAAGGUCCACCAGGCAGUGAAGGAACACACCUGCAAACACUGCAACAAGAAGUUCACCACCAGCACUUCACUCAGGGUGCACUCCAGGCUACACACGGGCCAGAAGCCGUACCCCUGCUCCCAGUGCCACAAAGUCUUCCGCACCAUCUCUCACCGCAACGCUCACAUGAUGUCUCAUGCCCACUCCCCGCUGCGUCAGGCACACAGCAAGAAGUACAUGGCACUGCCCAACAUCCCUCUCCAGGAACCCAUCCUCAUUACAACAGCUGGUCCGGUGAAGCAACCAUCCCGCCACAGUCAGAUCUACCCUAAUGAGACAGGAGAGUUUCCUCCGGACCGCCCCCACAAGUGCCACUACUGCCCAGCUGCCUUCAAGAAGUCAUCUCACCUCAAACAGCACGAGCGGGCACACACGGGGGAGCGGCCCUAUAAGUGUAACAGCUGCAGCAAACAGUUUCUCUCACUGAGUGUGCUCAAGUCUCACCACAAGACACACACAGGCCAGCGCACCCACAAAUGUGAACAAUGCAGCCGCUUGUUUGCCACCAGUGGGAGUCUGAGGAGACACAAGACAAUCCACUCCUCGGAACGCCCAUAUAUGUGUCCAUACUGCCAGAAAACCUUCAAAACCAACACUAAUUGCAAGAAGCACAUGAAAACUCACCGGCAUGAGCUAGCCAUGGAGGCAGUGAGGGCUGCUGGCUCAAACCUGCAAGGUGACAACCAACAGGCACUGCUCACCACCAGCCUGUACGGCCAGCAGUCCACUGCCACACUGUCCGAGGCUGAUGUCUCAGAGCUGACAGGCAUGGCAGGGGUCUUCCAGGAGGGGGAUUUCCCUCUGUCUGGGGAGCUGCAGCAGCAAACUCAACACCAACAGCAGGAGGAACAAGCCACAGCUCAGGUUCUUCCAGCAGCCUUUGGCCAAGGUGUUGGCGAGGAAGAACUCACCUUGGCUGACCUACAGACUGGUGUAGAAAACUCCUUGGCUUCAGGAGAAACUGUCAUCAUUGGCUCCCAGCCACCCACCAUCACCACUCAUCUGAACAGCUCCUCGGUACUCCUUCCCCAUUCCUCAGGAGGACAGGGAUCCUCUGGCUCCUCAAUCCUCCUUCCACAUUCCUCUGCUUCCUCCAUUCUUCAGGAGAGCAGUACCACAUCCAUCCUGCAGAGCACCAGUGGCUCCUCCAUCCUCCUGUCCAGCCCUUCUGUCCAAGUGACCCAAGCCUCCGUCCCAAGCCAUUUCACCCAGACCAGUGCAGGAACCACUAUUCUCACUAUCCCUCAGUCCUCAGGGGGCAGCAUCCUCACCGUCCAUCAGCCCUCUGUCAUCCAGGGACCCACCAGGGAGGAGACUGCCAAUGUUACCUCAGUGAUACAGUCCCAGCCUAGCAUCGUUAACCAGUCAGCUGCCUCUCACUAUUCUGCCUCACGUCAAACCAUAUUAGAUCACAGCCAGGAUUUCAAUUCCCUGGGAGAUCCUGGAGGGCUUGAAAUGGUCAACCUGCCUCCCUCUAUGAUCAAUACUACCUCCCAGGUGCUGCCAGCCAACUUGCAGCUUGGGGAAAACAGUGAGGCUGUCAUCACUAACACCACAGAGCAAGCAAAUUCAGCAGGAGAGAGUCUUGGUGGCUCCUCUGGCGACGUGCUGACAGCCAGCCUGGUGGAGAGGGAUGAGGGGACCAGUGUUGUGUCCUCUCACACGACUGGCACUGCUGCCGGAGCUGAUGGUGCCGCUGCCACCACCACCACCACACUGCUGGAGUCCAAUUUUGACCACCAGGGCUUCUCAGACGGCUUCACCUUCCAUGUAACACCCACCCUGGACUUGUCUAACCUAGGACAGGGAAGUGAGAUUCCCUCCUCACAACUUGUGCAGCUGUUGAGUUCCCAGGAGUCCAUAGGUGAGGUAUCUGACAUUGCCCCAGCUGGAGACUCGCCCAACUCUGCCUCCUCAAGGAAAGAGCCUCAGGAGUCCAUGGUAUCCGUCACCAAGAUGUAUGAGUGUGGCGACUGCAAGAAAAUGUUCCUCAAGCUGUCUCACCUCCGCUCCCACCGGCGGAUACACACCACUGACAAGGUAUAUCGCUGUGCCACCUGCAGCAAAGAGUUCCAGACUUCCCAGUCCUUUAAGGAGCACCAGCAGCAACACCUCCAAUCUCCAGAAAGCCACCAGUGCAGCAUCUGUCUAGAGAAAUUCCAAACAUCUGCUCAACUUCUCAAGCACAUCCAAGGGGAACAUUCCAGCAUGUGGCAGUGUCCUGUGUGCGAAAAGAUGUUUACAAGUCCAGAUGCAUUCCAGAGGCACAUAAGAAUUCACAGCAUCGACUUGCUCAAUGAAACCUUCAGUAAAUGCAAGCAAGAAGAUAUUAGUGCUGAUAGUAAGGAGAAGGUUGUCCUCACCGCUGAAGAGAUGGAUACCAUCCUACAGCAGACAACUGAAGCCAACCUGAGCCUGGAGGAGGGUCAGGGUAAGCAAGAGGGGAAAAGUGCUGAUGCCAAGCAGCAGCGCUCAGUCCAAGAGGACAAGAACCUUCACGUCUUGUAUGGGAAGGACAAUGCAUCAGAAGAGGCUGACACACAGAAGCACGCUCACUCCUGCAAGACAUGCAGCAAGAGUUUUAAGAAACCUUCAGACUUAGUACGACACAUCAGAAUCCACACAGGAGAAAGACCCUUCUCCUGUUCUCAGUGUAAUAAGGCCUUUGCUGUUAAAUCCACUUUAGAUGUGCACAUGAAAACACACACUAAGAAGAAGGAUUUCAUGUGUCACAUCUGCAACACAAUGUUUGCCACCAAAGGCAGCUUGAGCAUACACAUGCGACUACACACAGGUGACAAACCUUUCAAGUGUAAUCACUGUGGGAUGAAGUUCAGAACAUCCGGUCACCGCAAGGCUCACAUAAUUAAGCACUUCAAAACCACUCCUUCUGUGGCUGCUAAGGUACCCAACAAACUGCCCACUAUAAAUGAAGAUGACUUGAAUACAGAUGCUCAGGCUGAACAGGCUGUUAUGGAAAUUGCUAAUGAGGAAAACCUCAAUCCUGUGAUAAUGAUGGCAGAUGGCACUGUCUCUUUACAUAUACAUGGACUUAAUCUAGGCAGCAUUGACCCUUCAUCUCUGCUGAACAUCCAGCCGAUGACGCUGGAUGAGAGCCUGUUGAGUCAGCUCCAGGCGUCAGGGGUUGCAAUGAUGGGCACUGGGGAGGGGACCGGGGACGAAGAUGCUGAGGAUUCUAUUUCUGUCAACCCCAAUGUGGUCAUGACUCAGCCUCAGAAUGUUCGCACUCCUAACAACGAAGGUUUUGAUGAAUCUGACUUUGAAAUUUGCAUGGUUGAUGACAAUGGGAGGUUGGUAACUGAACCUGCAGUCAGCAUACUGGAACAGAAUCAGCUGGAUCAAGAUGCAGCAACUUCAUAUGUCCCCCAUGAACUUACUCUCUCUGAUAUUGCUGUGCCUGGCCAGAACAACACUGUACAAUGUACCUUGUGCUCAAAGUACUUCUCAAAGGUGUCGGACUGGCAGGAACAUCUGAUGUCUCACAAUAUUUUCAUCAAAGUGGGACAGGAUGGUGAUAAUCUGGACAAGGACAUACCAGAGUCUGUGAUCAUUCCUGAAACCAUACUGGAAGAAGCUCCAGUUUCCUCUUCCGCACUGCACUCCAUACAGGCCGAUAAGAACACCUCAGGUCUGGGCAUUGAGGAAAUCAUGACUCCCAAGAUGGAAGUGGAGAAUAGUAGUAACUUAGAAAUCAUUACUUCUAAAAUGGAAGUGGAGUCUGAUAAUGGCAAUCUGAAGUGCAGCGUUCCAAACUGUGCCAAGAUUUUCCGGUACGAGUCGAGUCUCAGCCAGCACAUGAUCAUGCACCUGAAGCAGUACAGCUGCAUUCGCUGUGGUGUGGUGUUUGGCUCCUCAACCAGCCUUCAGAAGCACAUCAAAUCUCACCAGAAUGAGGCAAAGGGACUGCAGUGUGUGUUCUGUCCUGAACACUUCAGUGCCAGGGCAGCAUUGUACCCACACAUUAUUGAAGAGCAUCUCCAGCUGGCUCUUGAGAAUCCCCUUACCAUUGAAAAGGUGGGACUCAAGAUCAAUCUCACCUCAGAAACACAGCGGGAUGGCUCCAUGGGGAGCUCCCAGGGCACCGGGGAGGAGCUUGAUCCACUGGAACUUUUCCCAACUGUGAAUAAUUGAUCACACUUGGAGUGACUCCAUUGCUUGUCAGAAAUUACUUUCCAUGUGUAGUGGAGGUGUUCUGUCUCCUUGCCAUUACAUCAGCUCAUCUGUAAACAUUCCCCAUUCACUCAGCUUUACAGUGUCACAACAACACAAGCUUUCUUCACUGAUCUCAUACAAGCUUAUCACUUGCCCAUCAGUUCCCUCUAAUGCACCCAUUUACAUGCACAUUUUUGUUGUACAUAUUUUUGUCAAGUUUACCAAAUAUGGAAAGUGUCUCCACUGUGGUAUACAGAAAUUUGUUCAACAUGAGAGUUACAUUCCAAAAACCCACACCUUUCAGUGAAGCUUCUUACAUAACAUUGCUACCAUAAUUCUAAAACAAUGCAUAUUAUUCCAUUACUAUAUUCAUACAAGUAUUCUCCAUUCACUGUGGUACUACAGAAUCCCAUCUUCAAAAUCUUCCCAUUGUCAUCAACCAUGCACCAUUAACAAGGAUAAUGCAAAAAAAAUAUAUGUAAACUAAUGCCAAUAGUUUGCAUAUAAGCAAGGGUUUGUUAGUUUAUGAUUAACAAAACCUUCAGUAAUUGAAAGAAUAGAAAAGUGGGAUAAGAUCCUUGUCCCUGUAAAGAAUAUGCAAAUUUUUUCUCACAUUUCACCAUUUCCACCAUUCUUUUAUGAGAAUGCAAUGAACUGCCACUAAGGUAGUGAGGAAAUCAACUUAUAAUCAUAAAUGGAAGCAAAUUAUCAUAUUUAACAAGUUCCUUCUUACCAGCAAAAUAUGAGAUGUGCAAACCCAACAGCUGUUACUUACAUUCUGCAACACUGGCUCACAUAACCUGUCUCAAUGAUAAAGAAGAUUUCUUCCUUUACCUUACUGAUACACUAGUAUUUUACAGACAACUGUUGAUCUUGAGAUGUAAUGUCUGUGCAUCUCAGCCUUUGAGUCUGCCUGCCCAGAUUCAACAGGCAGCCCACAGCCUAUGUAGUUGUUCAGCAUUCCUCAGAGGAAUGCUCAGUGCAGCAGCCUGGAUGUGCCAGGAUAAAGUCUUUCAGGCUCAGUGGUCAAGGAAACUUAAAACUGGGUCUUUACUUCAGAAGCAUCAUUAGGUUUGGCAUCAAUCUACAUCACAACACACUUCAACUGAUCUACCACAGGUUUCAUUUCUCCAAAAUACUGAACAAGUUGUGCCAGUGUGUGUGAUGAAAUUUGUCUCAACCAAGCCAUUUUUUCUAAAGUAUAUUUCCCCAUGCAGUGGUCUUGUAAUGUGCAAUCCUCACAUUCUGUUAAAUUACAAAAGCUAUACCAUUAUUUCAUGCAAUGUUGUAACUAUACAUUGAUGUGACAUUUAUAAGGGAAAAUCAAGGAUGUGAGGCCCAAGCAGUGAAGUGUUACUGGAAUGUGCUUGGGCUUUGAACAAGAUGAUUGAUGGAAGUAAUGAACAUAAAAAUAUGAGUAAAAGAUUUGGAUUUUGUUGCACAGUGCAAAACCAUUAUCUCAAUCCAUUGGUAUAAUAGGAACAUAUUUAUAUAUUCGUUUUGUUGGAUUAUGGUUAAUUUUUGAUGUCAUGUUUACACUUCAAUUUCUACAUCACUUGUUAGAGCACAUCACACACCACUGGAGGCCUCUGCCCUGCCCAUGCAUGGCCUCUGUGUAUGGUUAGCAUAAAGUUGUCUCUGCCUUUCCCAUCAUACACAGUUUCAACCAAACAAAACACUCUCUCAUGUUGGUGAACACAUUAACAGUUAGCACCCCAAAAUUUUGCCUUCAAAACUCAACCCAAACACAUAUUUGAGGUAUUUGAAUGCCUCUAAUACUGAGACCUCAUCUUGGAGGCAAUAAGUGGUGUGUGGUGUGCCAUGACAGUGACAGUGGAACACACCUCUGUGCUCGAGGCUUGACAGUAACCAUGACACUCUACUCAUUGUAUUGCAUUAUCAUCAACCAAAAAUCUCAUAUACUAGUAACUUUAGUGUGCUUCCUAAGCAUCUAAAUUAUAUAUCCUUUCACUCAUUCAUUGUACUAUAGCCAUCUUCAUCUUCAUAUAUUUCUUGUACCUAUAACCAUUGCCUUUGUCACUGUAUAUACUAAACAUAUAUAAUAUAUUCUUUACCUCAGUGUACUACUAAACCUUUAUCAUUCUACUGGGCAAGACCCCAAGAAGCUUUACAUAAUAUUACUGGUAUGUAUGAUGUGAACUGCAGAGUUUCCAUUACCUUGCUGAAUGACCUGCCUUUGCAUCAUCAUUAGUUAGCACUGUCACCUCACCUGACAAAGUGAAGUACAAAUAUUUGCUGGCAUGCUCAAGUACAACCUACUACACUGUAAAUGCCAAAACAAUAUUCUUAGCUUGACCUUCAAGUACAAGUACGCCCAUAGGGAAGAAGGAAAGUUAAGCUUAUGCAGUUGGAAAGGAAUGUGAUAGUAUUAGUAGGAAUGAUAUUAAAUAUUCAGGCUAGUGAUGAUUGAUUAUUGAAAGCAUACAUUUAUGUAUAUGCCUGUUUUUUGGUAUUAAGAUUGAAAUUGUAUCAUAUUUAUAAAUAUUUAUAUUGUAACUAAUGGAAAGUUAUACUCUUUAUAUACAAUUCAGCUGCAAGUGCUGCAAGCUCAGGAGCUAUUUAUAUGAAAGUGGUCUUUUUAUUUAUUUUUUAGGAAUUCAUUUUUCUAUUGAUAUGUAUGACUUUUUUUUUUUUUGUGGGUGAGAGUGGACUCGCAUGGAAAGCUGAUACAGUCAAGAUGGAUGGAUGAACACUGAAGGAAUGUUAGAUACUAGAGUGAUGUGUGUGCAACGUGAAUGCAUGGCAAGGACUGAAUGGAGAUGGUUGUGAAUGCAUGGAUGGUGACACCCUCAGCAGCCUCAACAAGAAGUCUGGUCAGGUGUAAGAAAUGGAAUGGGCCAUCACGGUGCUGCAGGGUUAGGCAAGUGUCAGUGCUGGGCUCUGGUGCUGAGAGCUGGUACACUGUGUAACAGAAACUCAGUGUGGAAAGUACAGAUUGGUCUGUUUCAUGUUGAGGCCCUGAGGUGGAGAUGAAGGAGUGAAAGUAGGUAUGGAUAUGAAUGUAUCCAUAGAGGCACCUUGUCUUGGUUAUUUUCCUUCACAGGGAUGUUAACUUGGUAUAUAAAUAUACAUGGAUUAUUUUAUUAAUGUCAAAUUGUUCCCCAGUUAAAAUGAGCUUUGCUAAUCUCAAAGGCAAGAACAUUAUUUAGGAUGAAUGCAGACAGCCUCCAGUGACAGCAUGGAGUGUCCUACACAAGUGAAAUCUGUAACUUAUGUAAUUCAUAUAUGAUAUUUUGCUGCAUGUUCUGUACAAAAUGUUAUGAGUUACCUACUUAAUGUCUAUAUGUACAUCUAGUCAGUCAAUACUUUAUAUUAUGUAUGAUUUGAUUUUUUUUUAUGAUCACAAAAUAUGUAAUUUACUUCAAAGACAUAAAUACUCCUGUAUAAAUAUGAAAACACUGAUUCUUAAAAAGA